GAAGGAUCAAUGGCAUGAUGUGCUGUUAUUGCUGCUGCUGAUCAAAAAACAUGGAAGACAUGGUAAAGAAGAAUCUGGAGGAGGACCCGCUGGAGCCUUUGGAAAAUGAGUGUUCCAGGAACAUGGGAGAGCUCGUGGAAGUCUCCACCAAUGAGAGGGUUAAAUUUGAUGACACAGGCCUAUCCAUGGUGCUGCAAAAUGGUUUGGAGAAUCUCCGGCUGGAAAAUUCUCUCACAGAUGUUACUCUGUGUGUGGGCAACAUGAAAUUUUCAUGCCACCGUGUGGUCCUUGCAGCAGCUAGCAAUUAUUUUAGGGCAAUGUUUUGCAAUGAUUUAAAAGAAAAGUAUGAAGAAAAAAUAGUAAUUAAGGGAGUGGAUGAAGAAACAAUGCAGAUUCUUCUGGAUUAUACAUAUACAAGCAAAGUGCUUAUCACUAAGGAAAAUGUACAGAAAGUUCUUGAGGCGGCCAGCCUUUUCCAGUUUUUGCGGAUGGUAGAAGCAUGUUCCAAUUUCCUCAAUGAAGCUCUUCACCCAGAAAACUGUGUUGGGAUCCUCAGAUUGGCUGAUGCUCAUUCUCUUGAUCAUCUGAAGCAGCAGGUCAAGAACUACAUUAUUCAAAAUUUCACUCAAGUACUGAAUUAUGAUGAGUUCCUAGAGUUGCCCGCAGACGUCUUGUAUUGCAUGCUCAAGAGCGACGAACUUUGUGUUACUGAAGAAGCUCAAGUGUUUGAGACAGUUAUGAACUGGGUGUGUUACAAAAUAGCGGAAAGGCUUCCUCUCCUGCCAUAUGUCCUUGAAAAUGUCCGGCUGCCCCUCCUGGACCCUUGGUAUUUUGUAGAGACUGUAGAAGCUGACCCAAUCAUCAGGCAGUGCCCUGAUAUAUUUCCUCUGCUUCAAGAAGCCAGAAUGUAUCAUCUGUCGGGGAAUGAGAUAAUAUCUGAAAGAACAAAGCCCAGGAUGCAUGAAUUCCAGUCAGAAGUCUUUAUGAUCAUAGGCGGCUGCACAAAGGAUGAAAGAUUUGUAGCAGAAGUAACUUGCCUUGACCCCUUGAGGCGCAGUCGUUUAGAAGUGGCAAAGCUCCCAAACACAGAACAAGAAACAGAAGGUGAAGUCAAAAAAUGGGUGGAGUUUGCUUGUGUUACUUUGAAAAAUGAAGUCUACAUAUCAGGAGGAAAAGAAACACAGCAUGAAGUCUGGAAAUACAAUUCAUCAAUUAACAAAUGGAUCCAAAUUGAAUAUUUGAACAAUGGAAGAUGGAGACACAAAAUGGCUGUGUUGGGUGGCAAAGUAUACGUGCUCGGUGGUUUUGAUGGUAUGCAAAGAAUCAACAGUGUGGAGACGUAUGAUUCUUUUCACAACUGUUGGUCAGAGGCAGCUCCUCUCAUGGUCAGUGUGAGCUCAUUUGGGGUAGCCAGUUACAAGAAAAAGAUCUACGUGAUUGGAGGAGGACCCAAUGGGAAGCUGGCCACCGACAAAACGCAGUGUUAUGAUCUGAAGACAAACAGCUGGAGCUUGAAAUCUCCAAUGCCUGUCGAAGCAAAAUGUGUCAAUGCUACAAGUUUCCAUGACCACAUCUAUAUUGUGGGUGGGGCGAUGAGGGCAGUCUACUCUUACAGCCCACUCACAGACACGUGGUGCCUGGUGACUCAGUUAAAUCACGAACGAGCAAGCUGUGGGAUUGCGCCUUGCAACAACAAGCUCUUUAUCACUGGAGGCCGAGAUGAGAAGAACGAAGUCAUCGCCACUGUGCUCUGCUGGGACGCAGAGACCCAGAAACUGACGGAGGAAUGCGUCCUUCCCCGGGGAGUCUCCCAUCACGGGAGUGUCACCCUCCGGAAAUCCUACACAUACAUCCGCAAAGUUGUGCCUGGUGCAGUCUCUGUCUGAUUUGGGAGAAAGACUCAGAACAAGGAAGAAAGAAGAAUCAUGAAGUACCUCAUUUCCCCAACUGGGAUGUCACUUGCUGGGUCGUCACAGUCCUUGCAAGAACAUUUGUAUGUUUGCUUGAUUUUCUAUUGCAUAGUGUAUUCUUUAAAUUAUCUUAGUAUCUUGUCUAGGCUAUUUAUUGACUUACAGUGUUAACGAAUGAGACAUUCAACCAAUCAGAUGCCACUGUAUUUAGCAAAGCCAAGCUCUAUGAGUUGCAAUUCUUGCUUUUGCUUUGAUAGAUGGAUAUUUGUAGCAUUUUUUCUUGCAGGCUGCCUUAGAAGUUGUUUUACUGAUGGUGUGGGGGGGAAUAGAAAUAUUUUAAAUAAAUGUUUACCUUUGUCAUUUUUAAA